GAGGGAGCGUCUUCCGGGAGUGUGGCUAGGGGCGGAGCGGUUGCCGCGCGGUAGUCAGGGAGCUGUGCGGGUCCUGGUUGCAACAGAGUCUGUUUGCCAGCCAACCCCAGCCCGGGAGGGGAUCAGGGCCACCAGGUUGCUGGUAAGGUUGAAAGACAGAGUGUGUCAAGACCAUUAAAGAGAGUCUGUAUAAGAGAAGUCAGGAUUUUGUGGAUUGCUACGUUGUGAGUGUGGGCUGAGUCCCAGAACCUCGCUAUGUCAGGGAAACGGAAGCGUGUGGUGUUGACUAUUAAAGAUAAGCUUGAUAUAAUAAAGAAACUUGAAGACGGAGGUUCUUCCAAACAACUGGCAGUGAUUUAUGGAAUUGGUGAAACAACAGUUAGGGAUAUAAGAAAAAAUAAGGAAAAGAUUAUAACUUAUGCAAGCAGUUCUGAUUCCACAAGUCUUUUGGCCAAGAGGAAAUCUAUGAAGCCAUCCAUGUAUGAGGAAUUGGACAGGGCAAUGCUGGAAUGGUUCAACCAACAAAGAGCAAAAGGGAAUCCCGUAUCUGGACCAAUUUGUGCAAAAAGGGCAGAGUUCUUCUUUUAUGCUUUGGGAAUGGAUGGUGAUUUUAACCCCUCUGCCGGUUGGUUAACUCGUUUUAAGCAGCGGCACAGCAUUAGAGAGAUUAACAUUAGAAAUGAAAGAUUAAAUGGAGAUGAGACUGCUGUGGAAGAUUUUUGUAACAACUUCAGAGAUUUUAUUGAACGAGAGAAUUUACAGCCUGAACAAAUCUACAAUGCAGAUGAAACUGGACUGUUUUGGAAGUGCUUGCCUUCUAGGAUUUCAGUAAUCAAAGGUAAAUGCAUUGUCCCUGGGCACAAGUCAAUUGAAGAAAGAGUCACGAUCAUGUGUUGUGCCAAUGCAACAGGUUUACACAAACUUAAACUUUGUGUUGUGGGGAAAGCAAAGAAACCUCGCUCCUUUAAAUCAACUGACACUUUAAACCUGCCAGUCUCUUAUUUCAGCCAAAAAGGUGCAUGGAUGGACCUUUCCAUUUUUCGACAAUGGUUUGAUAAAAUUUUUGUGCCACAAGUUCGAGAGUAUUUAAGAUCCAAAGGCUUGCAGGAAAAGGCUGUGCUCUUGUUGGAUAAUUCACCAACACAUCCAAAUGAAAAUGUCCUAAGGUCAGAUGAUGGCCAAAUAUUUGCUAAAUAUUUACCACCUAAUGUGGCCUCAUUGAUUCAGCCUUCAGAUCAGGGAGUCAUAGCAACGAUGAAGAGAAAUUAUCGUGCAGGUCUUCUCCAGAAUAACUUGGAAGAAGGUAAUGACCUGAAAUCAUUCUGGAAGAAGCUAACUCUGCUGGAUGCACUUUAUGAAAUAGCAAUGGCAUGGAACUUAGUAAAACCAGUUACCAUUAGCAGAGCAUGGAAGAAGAUUCUCCCUAUGAUAGAGGAGAAAGAAAGUUUGGACUUUGAUGAUGAAGAUAUUUCUGUGGCUACUGUGGCUACCAUUUUACAACACACCAAAGGAUUGGAAAAUGUGACUACUGAGAACCUUGAAAAAUGGCUUGAAAUAGACAGUACCGAACCAGGCUAUGAAGUGUUAACUGAUAGUGAAAUCAUCAGAAGAGCACAAGGCCAAACAGAUGAAUCCAGUGAAAAUGAGGAGGAGGAAAUAGAAUUAAUUCCAGAAAAACAUAUUAACCAUGCGGCUGCUCUGCAAUGGACUGAAAAUUUAUUGGAUUAUCUAGAACAACAAGGUGAUAUGAUUCUACCUGAUAGACUGGUAAUACGUAAACUUCGAGCCACCAUCAGAAAUAAACAGAAGAUGACAAAGUCAAGUUAAUAAUGGCAUUUCAAUUUUAUCAUUGUUCUGCUCAUUGUGUUUGUGAUACUUAAACUUCUUGCAAUAUAGCUUAAUGUUCUAAAUUCUCAGACCUGGUCCUGUGAAAUACAGGUACAAAAUGUAUCUGAAGUGGUUUGAGGAUUAUGUGUUUUCAUCAUUUGUAUCUUUUGUCCUUUUAUUUGUACAGAUAAUCAGAAGAUGAUACUGAAUAGAUACAAAUUACAUGUACACGUUUUCACUUUUUAGAAUCUGCGACUAUACCUUCUGUAACAGUGGCAUUGGCAUUUCCUAAAUUUUCUAGUGAAAGUUAGAGAUGACACAUUGAGCACUUUUCUGAAAUCUUUUGCUUGAUUUAGGAAGGCUACCAUAGUUAUCUUUUCUUGUGUUAACCAUCUUAAAUGGUGUUUUGUAUAUUUUAAUAGACUGACAGGAUGAGAAAGAUAUUAGAUUUCAGGGCGAUUUAUAAUCAAAAAUGAAAUUCAGUAAUGGGGGAAUAAUUAUGAAUUAUAAAAAUUAUUUGGAUAUCGUACCUCAGUUCUCUUACAUUUGUGUGAGUUGCAAGAGGGAGAUUAUUCUGGAAAUGGACUAAAUAUGGGAAAUGAUUGCCAAAUGAGAGAAACUAUGGGAAAGCUCAUCUACAAAGAGGCAUUCUUAUCAAUUCAUUUGUAGGAAACUGGGAAUUAAAAACCUUGGGAACUUUAUGUUAUUUAUACCAAGGGAAUAAAUAGGCUGAUAUUAAUUUGAUAAUUUGGUCUUUUAUGAAUUUGAUAAUAGUAUAGGUUUAUUAUUUAUUCAUCUAAUUAUAGUACAAGUUUUGUAAUGUUACAUGUGAUGAUAUGAGCUCCCACCUUAUAUGGGAGAACAUCUUGGGAAUUUGAGAUUUAAUAAGUUUUUUUGUUUUAUGUUAGUUUUUUACUGCAUACUCGCAAAUGUCUAUAAUUUGAAAAAUGUUGUCAUACCUGACCCUUUGAUGAAAAAAGGAAAUUAAAAGAAUAAAGCCUUUAUGAUUUCAAAUAAGUCACGUUUGUAUCCUGUUUUAUGAAGAAAGCAGAAAUAAUUAUGGAAAGGCCAGACACUAAGGAAUAUUGUUGUUUAUUAUUUUGACAUGUGUAAAAAGGGAUUAAUCUGCUAAAAUGUAAUCUAAAUCAGAAUUUUGAUAAAUUUUUUUGUAAACUGUGUUUAUUCAAGACAUUGAAAAUACUUUGCAUAUAUUAAUAUUAAUAUAACAUAAUUUAAAAGUAAAGUGUUUCCAUGCUGUUUCACGUUUUGGCCAAAAAAAUUUUUUUAAAAUAAUUUAGAAUUGUUCUCUAUUAGUCAUUUUUUAAAGGUUUAACUUUUUUUUUUAAAUAACGUUUUAUAGUGCUUUCUGUAGAAUACUAAAACUUCAAAAAAUAUUUUUAGCUUUCUAUUAUUUCUGCUAUCUUCAUGAUAUAUGUUUGUCUAGAUUUUUCAGAAGAUGUGUGAUGAAAGUGCUUAGAAAUUGUGUUCAUUGCAUGAAUUUCCUCAGUGUAGAGUGGGAAAAACUAUCAGGAGUUAACGUACAUCUUGAAUCAGAUAAUGACACGUUCUACUAUAAAGUAAGCUGUAUAUAAAAUAAUUUUUCUAAAAUGAAAAUAUGUGCUACAAAUAUUGGAAUUUCUGCUUUUCCUGGAUUUGCAGUUUUUAAAAUUAAUCAUGUCAAUGCAAUGCAGCUGUUUCAUUGCCACCUAGUGGUAAAACUAACAUUACUGUUAAGCUGUGUGAUUUUAAACUUUAAUCCCUAGUAAAAGGUUCACUGUUUUGUGGACAUGAGUGUGGAUCUUGUGACUCUUUCUCUAGCCAAUAAUAGACUACUGUUCUUUGGUUUAUGGCUAUUCUCUGAAAUCUGCCAACACUGGUAGUCUAGCCCUGUUUUGGAUCCUUCUAUCCUUAAUUAUAAAGACUGAUCAAUAGUUGUACCAGAUGAUGCCAAAAGCUAUUUGGGUUCUGUAUCUGCCCUCAAAGUUCUAAAAACCAGAGGCUGUGUCUGGCAAUUUAUUUAUCCAUUUAAAAAUUUGCCAUUGGCUCAUGUUCUCUUACCAGUUUCACAAAAUUUUUUUCACAUUGAUAUUCCUCGACGCAAAACUCUCAGCCAGUGACAGUGCAAUGUUUCUUAUACUUCUAGUAGUCAAGAAUUGUGUGACAGUAGAUAUAUCUAUAUGAGUUCACAUAGGAAAUUAUAAUGUUGCUUUUUUUUUCUGAGAGAUUUGGGCUUUUUUUGUGUGGCAGGAGUUGUAGAAAGUUGAAUUCUUUGUCAUGAUGAAAUCCAGUGAAUCAAAAUUUACUGAGUUUUACUAAAUGCCAAAGACUGCCAGCUGUGGUGGAUUUAGGAAAAUAUAAAAGAAAGGAAAGAGGUUCCUUUCCUUGAACAUCUUGAAAUCAAGGUGGAAAACCUAUACAUAUUUGGGGAAAAAAAAAAAAAAACAAUCUAGCUCAAUUGUAAGUUCAUAUAAAAGAACUAACAUAA